CUCGAGCUACUAGGGCGGGCCUUUUCAGUGUUGCUGCUACAGGGAUACCAAGAUGGAAAUCCAGGGGCUUUGUGAAGCCCAAAACAUUCAGUCUCAACAUGGCGCCCCACACAGAACUACUUCAUCUCCGACUCAAUCACUAACAGCCUCGUCAGCUCAUUUAAUUUCCGCCGACUAUGAAGCCGACAGACGUCUGGAUCCACCUGAGCCUCAUAGUGACAACAACAACAACAACACCAGGCCGAAGACUUCGUCGUUUCGCCCACUGGCGGAAAAUGGCAGCGAUGUUGCUCGGUCGUCUGUUAGCAAACCACACUCAACGAACAGUGCGAUUUGGGGGCUUUAUAACUUAAACACGGAGAAAGAAAACGACCUCAAUGCACUUCUGGGUUCGCAUGAGUUUGUUAGGACUGCAUGGAAGUACGAAGAAAGCGGGGACAGUGCGAUGCAAAUGGCGCUGCCUCUGUUUGAAGGGGAAGAGGAACCGCAGCGGCAGCUAACGUUGCCUUUCCCAGUUUUACGGCAGCAGCGUGAGGACGGCGCCUUCAAGCAUCCAUCAAUAGACAGCCAGUCUGCCGCAUCCAACAGGACAGACAAAUCUACACAGGAAUUGUAUGUCGUUUUUAAUGUCGUCCAAGAUGAUGGGACCGACAAUCCUAGCCAGCACCGACCGGAUGUGUCAUCAAACAGCGGGGAUAAAGUGAAAGGUAGAAAAUCAGACUGCUUUAAGGGAAGUCACCGCGACUCCAUGGAGGUUGGAAACAGCAGCGACGUUGCUUUCUGUGAGUCUAAUGACAGCCUAAACUGUCUGGACACACAGACACUAAAGAAAGCAGAUCAUGUUUUCAGUUUAUUAACCGACAGUUCCGCCGUGGUUAACACUAAACAGGCUGCUUACCAUCACACGGUCGAAGACGUUGUUUUGACGAACAAAUAUGGCGAUAAGAUUUGUGGCCAGAUCUGUACCGAAAACAGCGGCGGGAAGCUGGUUAGAGAGCCUAUUUCAGAAGCGACUGGUAUGGUGGAAGCCAUGGAGACAUCGGAGUUUAUUUCAGACUCCAGGGGGCUGCAGGACGGUGCAAACCCAGUCACUGCCUUCACAAGUCCGUCUGCUAGUGAAACCUUUUCCGGAACCAUCACAAUAAACAAUCAAAGCAUCAUAGUGACCAUUGAAAAUGGGAUACUGACUCUCGCUGCUCCACCAGAGGGAUAUGUGCAUAAAGAGGAUGACAUGGUCAGCUUAAAAGAACAUCUGGGUAUGAAAGACCAUGAGGAUAUUGUUCUUCUGAACUAUGACAGUGGGACAAAGUCCAUCGGGAAGAUCAGCACGCUGGCAGUAGCCAGUCCAAACCAGCAGGAAGAGCCCAGACCUGGUUUAUCUGUUAGUGACUCUGAGCUGGCUCUGGUGGAUGAUUGUUCAUUAUCAGAACUGGGAACCUCACUGGAUUCAUGUCCUGUCAAGCAGGAGACAGGAGCUCUGUGUGCUGUAACAGAGGCUGAUCUGGUAACUCCAUCACCUAAAGCCCCGGCGGCGAACUGUGACAAUGAGGAUUUAAACUCUGCACCACUAAUCAGGUCAAAGAAAGACAUUGUGGCUACCUUUGCGUGCCCAGAACCAGGCUGCUUGUGUUCAUUUGAUUCCCGUCAGAAGCUCAAGGUUCAUCUCCUGAAUCACGCAGAGGACCCGCGGCCAUAUCAGUGCACCAUAGAGGGCUGCGGCUGGGCGUUUGCCACCUCUUACAAGCUGAAACGGCAUCUCCAGUCCCAUGAUAAGCAGCGGCCUCAUACCUGCCAGUUUGAAGGCUGCGGGCGGCGCUUCACCACGGUCUACAACCUCAAGGCUCAUGUUAAAGUCCACGAGCAGGACAAUGCCUUCAUCUGCGAGAUCUGCAGCGAGAGGUUUCGCAGCGCCACAAGGCUCACAAAUCAUCAGAGGGUCCACUUUGAGCCGCAGAGGCCCCACAAGUGUGAAUUCCCAGGCUGUGAGAAGACCUUCAUCACCUUCAGUGCCCUGUUCUCCCACAACCGAACCCACUUCAGGGAAACGGGUCACUACACCUGCACCUACCCAGGCUGCGACAAGACAUACGACAAAGCCUGUCGCCUCAAAAUACACAUGCGGAGUCACACAGGUGAGAGGCCGUUUGUGUGUGACUCAGAGGGAUGUGGAUGGUCCUUCACCAGCAUGUCCAAGCUGCUUCGCCACAAACGGAAACACGAUGACGACCGUCGCUUUGUGUGCACAGAGGAGGGUUGUGGGAAGUCCUUCACUAGGGCGGAGCACCUCAAGGGUCACAGCAUCACCCACCUGGGCACAAAACCCUUUCAGUGCCAUGCAGAAGGAUGUAAUGCCAGGUUCUCAGCACGCAGCAGCCUCUACAUUCACUCCAAGAAACACAAACAGGACGCCAGCACCCUGAGGACACGCUGCCCCGUGGCCAACUGCUCCAAACACUUCUCCUCCCGCAGCAGCCUUAAGAGCCACAUGCUCAAACACCACCACCUCAGUCCUGAUGCCCUGAGUCAGAUAGAGACCACGCCCACCCUGACCCCCAGCAGCGAGCUGGUCAGCUCCACCUCGACAACGGUUGCCGGGCCUGGCAUUGCUGGGGGUGACCAGCUAACCAACUUGGACCUCAGCUCUCUGUUCUCUGCUGUUCCUGGAGGAACUGCUCCCACAGCUGGGAUCGGGGUGGGGAUUCCUGUGGCUGGGAGCGGCGCUAACGGCCCCUUUGCCAUGGACAUGUCUCUGGUCAGCUCUGGCAUUCUCACCAUUGACCCGUCCUCAGUUGGAACGACACUCGUUACCAGCACAUGCACCAGCCUCGCCAAGGCGUUGGACCCACUUAUCAUGGCGACCAGCGCUGACUUGGCCCCUCAACAUGGUCUGGAGGGAACAGUGGGUGAUGUUCUACCCCCACAAGGCACCCUCAACCUGGAUGAUGUGCAGACAGUCACCCCGGAGGCCCUGGGGACCCUCACAGCUCUCACUAUGCAGGGCACUGCUGCCUCUGUGGACCCCACUCUGCAGCACCCACUCAGCUCCUCCAGCGCUCUGAGCGUCGAGGCCUCACCCUCUUUGGCUGUGGCCCCUGUUGCUGAGCUGCUGGCCUCACCCUCCAAGGUGGUGGAGGUGGGUGGCCCGGGUGGUUCAGGUCCUUUGCUUGGCUGUGUGGAGGUGUUGGGUCCUCAGGAGGGAGGAAAAGUCCUCACUCAGUUUGUUUUCCCUGGUCACAGCAGCAGCUUCAGCCCACAGAAAGAGUUGGAACUGAACGCAGUGUCACCGAGCAGCUUCCUGGAGAGUGGAGGCUCAGCCAGGACUGACUACAGAGCCAUCCAACUGGCCAAGAAGAAGAAGCAAAAAGGUUCCUCGACUACAGCAGGGACUUCGGGUUCAUGCCAGAGAAAAACUAAAGGGUCAAAGGUUGCUGCAACUUCAGCAUCGCUGGCUUCCUCUAGCACUCGUUACAGUGACGGAGCUGUAGCUGCCAGCGGGGGCCUGACUCUGCGUGACCCCGUCACCGGGGCUCAGUAUGUGCAGAUUCAGCUGCUGCAGGAUGAUCCAGCCAACGAUGGUGACCUGGCCUUUCAGCUGAGCUCUCAGACCUCCAGCUCUCACUCUCAGCUCACCGUCGACCUGCCUGUCAACAUUUUACAGGAACCUGCAGUGAUGACAGAGGACGACAACGGCUCUGACAACUCCCAGUUCACAGGAAGCACCAUCAACCUCCAGGACUUGGAGUGAAGCCUUUAUGGAAGAGCUUGUAGCUGUCGACAGGGUGGAUGUGAUUCCACAGAUAUUGCACCUUGAGUUGAGGGAAGUUCAGAGGAGGGUUGCAUCUGUUUGUUGAGUCCACUUUGUACCAAAAUCAAAUCUGAGAGUACUGUUGUGUCGGAGACUUCAGAGGUUCCUCCUUCCUCUGGUUGUACAUGUCAAAUGUGUCUAUUCCAUGGUGCCACAUUGCUACUCAUGCACAGACACACACAGUGUACUGUCUAUGUUCCAGUUGCCUUACAAACACCUCACGCUGUGCACGCCUUCACUUGCAGGUUAUCUGCUUUAUUUGUUGUUAUUUUGACUUAUGUUUUAUUAUUGUUAGAUUUUUUUUUGUAUGCCAUCAGAAGUCCACGUUGAAAACAUGCCCGCUCAUGUGUUUGUAUACAUGAUGAAAAGAGUUACUGCCUUCUAAUGAUUUUCUCACUUUAUUUAUUACCAGCUGUGGGUUUACAGAAUGGCAGAGACAAACACAGAUGAAUUAAAGAAUAAAAGCACAAUCAAA